AUGCAGAAGGGCCUGAAGAUGAAAGUCGUGAAGAAACUGAAGAAGGUUCAAGCCAUUAGUGAACGUACUGGAAAGCCGAAGAUCAUUCGACAAGACCGAGGUCUGGCUGCGAUCAAGGCCUCGAAGAUGACCAAAGCAGAGUGGCUUCGCUACCAGACACCAAAGUACAAGGAAGCUUGGCCGAAGCCUGAGUAUAUGUUCGAGCCACGCAAGGAGGGCCUUGUACGUGACGGUGGCGAGGGCCCAUACCGGUGGCAGAGCUUCGAGCUUGUCACCCGUUGGACUGCGGAGACCCGAAUCUCCUAUCGCCCGCACGCAAAGGCUCCUGGGUCCAAGUCCCACCUGCGCUACGAGAAGUACUCAAAAGCGAAGACCGUGGGCCAGUCGCUGGCGCUUGGUGCGUACCCCAUCGACUGGAUUUACGAUUAUGAGCAUGGCUUUAUCAAGGUCACUGGUGGGAAGAUCCGAGACGAGCCGAUUGACAGGUCGAAGGUUGAGCGUGAUGACCAGCUCAGUGCGGUGGACAAGGCCUUGGAAUCCUGGUUCAUCAGAGAGCUCUGCCGCAGGUGCAAAUUGGAGCGAUGGCAACUGACCCUGGAGAAAGGAUGCACGGAGAGUGUGUUUGUAAGGGCCCACCGGCUGGUGGCCAACCGCAAGGCGGACGAGAUCUUGAAGAAGGCCGCCAAGCAGCGACGCGCUGUGUCCACCCAAGAGGUCACGGACAUCCUGAAAGCCUGGAGCAUCUCCAAGAACCCUUUCAGGGUGAACGUCAUGCCGGAAGGCCAGAAGUUCGUGAAGAGCGACACCUUGGGCCUGCUGCGGGAUCGAGGCAGGCUGAUUGUGACAAGACCUGCGCGCGAGUAUCCGAACGUCGCCAAGCUGAUUGCUCGCUGGCUGCAUGGCAAGCUGCCGAAGCAAGCCAAGCAGUUCAAGUUCACCAGUUUGAAUUUGAACUGCAACUAUGCUGCACGGGAUGGCAACAACUUCGGGCCAAGCAUGAUCAAGGCUUUCGGAGAGUUUACGGGGGGAGAGCUCUCCGUGUGGCCGGAGGAUGACAAGAGUGGGAGCCUGAAGACCCUGCCCGAGAAGAAGAAGAACACACUGGACAUCUCAAAGAAUCUGGCCUUGUUCAAUGGCAACAUGGCACACGAGGUUGCGGACUUCGAAGGCAGUCGAUAUUCCGUGGUGUACUUUACAGCCGGAUGCCACGCGAAGAUGCCAGACGACGUCCGUCAGCAGCUCAAGGACCUUGACUUCAUGCUGCCGAAGAAGGCGGAGAAGCGCUACAGCGUGCUCAGGGCACCGACUGGUUACUUCUCAAAGGUUUCGAAGCCCAAAGGGCCAGCGGUCAUGACCUGGCGCGUGAAGUAG